AUGACCUUGAGUCCCGUUUACGAGUUCAAGGCCGACCUCGAGGAUCUGCUGCAGCUCGUACAAGAGCAGCAUGAAGCCCUCACCUUGGCCCUGCGGCAGAGCUUCUGCGAAAAGGACUCGACGCCCUCUAAGUCUCCUCCGGUUUCGACGCUGCACUCGAUCCAGUUUGGCCUGGACGUGCGGACGCUUCAGCCGGAGCCCUUGGAGUCCGAGGAUCAGCCUCCCACCUGCACCCUGGAACUGGCAGAGAGCCCCAAUUGGAAAAGCUAUGCGCAGUCGGAGACCUGCUUCAGCGGCAGCGAGGGCGAAUGCGGCACCCCGGGACAGUUGGACAAGGUCUUGAACCCCAGCCGGUCUCAACUGGUGGAUCCGGCCAUCCAGCUGAAAGGUUGGGCCCGGCUCCGGGAGCUGCUGCGACAGCGCAUCGACUACUUCGCCGGCGUGCUGGUCCUCAUCAAUUCCCUCUUCAUGGUCUUCGAGUUGGAGAUCGAGGGGCUCUACUCAGGAGCCACCCUGGGACUCUCUACGGAUGUAGGAUUUAAGAGCAUGGAGCCCACCUUCCGAGUGAUCGACUCUCUUUUCGUCUAUAUCUAUGUCGCCGAGCUCUUCGUGCGCAUGUGGGUGGAACGCCGCGAGUUCAUCAGGCAUUUCAGCAAUUGGUUUGACAUUUUGUUGGUGCUGGCGGGACUGGCUGACAUUUACAUCAUCUCGCCCAUGGCCGACGGCGGCAGCGCGGCGCGCAACAUCGCCAUCCUGCGGCUCUUCCGCGCGACGAAGUCCUUCCGGUCCAUGCGCAUGGUGAGGACUUUUCGCCUCUUUCAUGGAUUGAGGCUUUUAGUGAAGGCCUGCACCUCCUUUUUACCAUCCUUGGCGUGGUCGAUGGUGCUGCUGGCGGUGUUUAUGUCGAUGGGCGCCUUGAUCAUGGGGAACCUGCUGCAAGUGUAUAUCGUUGGCGAGGAGGACGUGGGGACCGAGGAGGAUCGCAUUUGGGUCUGGCACUACUACGGCACGGCCACGCGAUCCUUGUGGACCCUCUAUGAGAUCACCUUUGCAGGCAACUGGCCUACACGAGCUCGCCCUGUCAUGGAGAAGGUGAGCCAGAUGUUCGUGAUUUUCUUCUUUGCUUAUGUCACGGUGAUCGUGUUCGCCGUGUUGCGGGUCAUCUCUGCGGUGUUUCUCAAGGACACACUGGAUGCAGCCAACAACGAUGCAGAAAACAUGAUGAUCGAGUCGCAGCUGCAGAAGAAGGAGUACAUCAAGCGCCUCGAGAGUGUCUUCCGUGCACUGGACGAGCAUGGAGAUGGGAUGAUCACGCAGGAGCGGCUGCAGCAGAUGCUGCAGAAUCCCAAGGUCCAAGCCUACUUUCGCACUCUCGAUGUGGACGUGACGGAAACUUCCGCACUCUUUCAUCUUCUUGAUGAUGGAGAUGGCCAGGUCACUCUUGAUGAAUUCAUUGACGGCAUCCUCAAGUGUAAGGGCCCUGCGCGCGCCAUUGACCAGGUGGCCAUGCAUUCUGACCUGAAACAAUUGGAUCGGAAAAUAUCAAAGGUCUUGAGGGCCUUGCGAGCUUCCAAGCCUUCGAAGAAGGACGGCGAUUUCGAGGCACAAGUGAUGAGAGAGAAGAGCCAUGCGGAAAACCUGAGAGUCUUCAGGAUGGCGGGCAGCUUCAAACGGAUGGUCACUGACUGA